AUGCGGUAUACUGGAUCAUAUGUCCCGAUGACGUACCGUCGGAAGGUCAGAAAGAAGAGUGUUCGAACGUGUGGCCAUGGCUCGAGCAAGCCGAGAUCACGGAAAGACGACCAAGGACGUGCUGAACGUGCAGAGAAGCGCGCUCGCAUGAAAGCCCACCUGGACCGUCAGGCUGCUGGUGUAUUACCUGAUGAUGACGACGGUCACCUCAUCUUCAAAAAGAACGAUGUCUUGAAUGGAAGAUGGGAACUUCGCGAAGAACUGGGGGAAGGAACAUUUGGAAGGGUGGUGAAGACUUACGACAAACAGAGGGACAAGAUGCGAGCAGUGAAAAUCGUUCGGAAUGUGCAUAAGUAUCGUGAUGCCGCAUAUUUGGAAAUCAAGGUGCUGACAAAGCUGAAACAACUCGAUCCUAGUGGAGCUCACAAAAUCAUUCAACUUGUGGAACAUUUCGACUACCAUGGACACUGCUGUCUUGUAUUCAAGCUCUAUGGCCUUAGCGUGUUCGAUUUUCAGAGGAAGUAUAACUUCCGACCGUACCACAUAGAGGAUACGCGACAUAUUAUGUAUCAGAUCUGCUAUGCUGUAAAGUUUUUACAUGACAACAAGUUGACACAUACAGAUCUCAAACCAGAAAACGUAUUGUUUGUCUGCGAUGAUUCAUACACCGAAAAAGUUGGAAAUAUGACAUUUCACCGGCCAAAAAAUACCAACGUUCGACUGAUUGACUUGGGUUCAGCAACGUUUAACAAUGAACACCACUCCGCAAUCAUUUCCACUCGUCAUUACCGAGCUCCUGAAGUUAUCUUGGAUCUCGGCUGGUGGCAGCCAUGCGACACGUGGUCCCUUGGCUGCAUUCUGUAUGAACUCCAUCGUGGCGCUACAUUAUUUCGUACUCACAGCAAUCGCGAGCAUUUGGCGAUGAUGGAACGCGUUUGCGGCCAUAUUCCUCUACGAAUGAUUCGCAAAACAAGGACUAAAUACUUUCACAAUGAUGUGUUGGACGUGACAGGAACUGAUGAAAAUUUUAUCCGAGAUACUUGCGCCAAUUUAAUCAGGAAAAUUGAGGAUUCGGACACGGAAGAACGUGAGCUGUUUGAACUUAUGCAUGCGAUGAUGCAGUUUGAGCCAGCUGCUCGCAUCACCAUGUCUGAAGCUUUGCAAAGUGCUUUCUUUGAUCGGCUCCCUGAAAAUAAAAGAAUACCAGGGUUACGUGCGUCGUGUACGCCGAGAAGACCAGGUAUAACGGACCCUUUGCAUCGUAGCGUGCGUGGUCACACUGUAGAUUUGACCGGAGAGGGAGAAGCAGAUUGAAGACACGUCGUAUUUUGACUUUUCUACCUCCCCUCUGGCUUCGAACGAUUAUUUUGAAUUCAGGGUGCUCUACAUGCUAUAAUUUGUAUUGUAUCUAGGGUUGCAGAUUGGACUUGUUGUUCUUCUUGAUCAUGAUUCGGGUCUUUCCAAACCACAAUUUCAUGUUUUAUAGCAUAUUAAGUGAAUGCUCCAUCUAAUUUGCGAAUGUGAUUUUAUAAGUGUUUUAUUUGAAUGUCGUCAUAUUUUGUUCGUAAUUAUCGGGGAUUAUAUGCUUUUUGCGGAUUGGACAGAAUGACUUUUUCUGUAAAAGAUUGCUCGUUUUAAUGCGUUGUGUGUAUUGUAUUGUCUUGUAAUGCCCAUAUUUGAUCGCUGUAGAUUGUAAUAUUAGUGUUCGGAUGCCGCAUAGAAAGUAAAAAUCUGUACCAG